AGAAGGGCAUGAGACAAAGGAAUGUGUAGCAUUGGGGAAAGUAGUGGUAUGUGUUAAUUGUAGAGGAGCUCAUUGGGCUGGGAAUCAGAAAUAUCCUGUGCGAGAGGGGCAGGUUGAGGUUUCCAGGGUUAGAGCAGUGCAGAAGUUGUCAUAUGCUGAGACAGUGAAGAAAGUAGAGGAAGAUGGGUCAAGGGUACAGUAUAUCUGUACCAGUACAGAGGGAUAGGCCAACAAGUGAAAAAUGUUUCAGUUAGAUUGGAUUUUUAGCAUUUAUAGCAAUGGUUAUCAACGGUACUCCAGGGAUGGAACGUAAGUCACAGGAAAUAGAGGUUGUGGUGGCAGCUGCAUAGAGGUAUUUGGGUGUGCGAGUCUUGACAUCAGAAGAGUUGCAGGGUGUGUUAAGUAGGUGGUGUCCCAUCCUUUCAGGUUGUUGGCCUACCCUAGGACUAAAUAUAUUUCAAUAGUGGAGUAGGUGGUGUCCCAUCCUUUCAGGUUGUUGGCCUACCCUAGGACUAAAUAUAUUUCAAUAGUGGAGUAGGUGGUGUUAUUUUUAUUUGUUUGUGAGUGUAGUGUUAGAUGGUAGGGUAUUUGUUUAUUUAUAUUUUCAAGCUAAGUAUAAGGGAGUUCUACUCCAGUCCAGGAGGUGGCGGGGUUGAAACAUUUAUUGGUUGCCAACCGCCGUUAAACCUCAUCGAAGAAGAGGAAGUACUGCUGACUGAAGACUGAAGACUGGUACAUAUGUUAAUAACAGCGCUGGUGUCGAGAACUGACCGUUGACCGAUUAUCUGACAUGUUGCCUGUGUUGGUGGUCCAUGGGGGAGCGGGGUUUAUCCCUAAAGAGCGUGUGCAGCUGUCUUGUGCUGGGGUCCAGGUUGCAGUCAGGGGGGGAUACUCCAAACUCCAGGGGCAGGGCAGUGCCAUGGAUGCUGUGGUGGAGGCCGUCACUCUGCUGGAGAAUGACCACCACUACAACGCAGGGUUAGGCUCGGUGUUGAACGCUAAGGGAGAGGUGGAGAUGGACGCCAUCGUGAUGGAUGGGAGAUAUCUGGCCAGCGGAGCUGUUUCUGCGGUCAGAAAAGUGGCCAAUCCUGUCCAACUGGCCAGACUGGUCAUGGACAAGACGAGCCAUCUGUGUCUGACUGGAGAGGGUGCCAGUCAGUUUGCCCGGUCGAUGGGUGUACCCGAGGUGCCAGAGGAAUCACUGAUCACAGAGUAUGCCCGUAUGCGCUGGAAGAAGAACCUGGCAGCUGAUGCCAACCCGGUGGAGUGCCAGAUGGGGAAGAUGGGUACGGUAGGGGCGGUGGCAGUGGAUGCAGAGGGGAACAUAGCCUGUGCCACCUCCACCGGUGGCAUGCUGAACAAGAUGGAGGGCAGGGUGGGGGACACAGCAUGUAUCGGGUGUGGGGGUUAUGCUGAUAACAGGGUUGGAGCAGUGUCCCCGACGGGCGAGGGUGAAGCCAUCAUGAAGGUCACUCUGGCUAGACUCAUCCUGUUCCACAUGGAGCAAGGGCGCAGCGCGGAGGCAGCAGCAGACGAGGCCCUGGCCUAUAUGAAGGACAGGGUGGGAGGUCUGGGGGGAGUGGUGGUGGUAGACCCCCAGGGUGAAUGGUCUGUUCGCUUCAGCAGCUCGCAGAUGGCCUGGGCUGCAGCCCAGCAACAAACACUCCACUAUGGCCUGUACACUGGAGAACACUUCACAAAGAACAUAGACGACCCCUACUAACACACACUUCACGUCCACGUAUGUGUUGAGAGAGAGUCUAAAAGAAACCCUACUAACAAGCAUAGGUAAACAAUCCAUAGAACACACUGAAUUGAAUCCACUAGACUCUUACCAUAACUGUGUUUUUAGCAAUCAGUAUUAUUUCCAUUUUGUCUAAUCCUCAGAUCAAUGCUCAUAUCUAGAGCCAGUAUUUGGAAAGUGUUGAUCAACUGCCAAAUGUAACUAUGAAGGAAUAAAGCGUGUUUUAAAAACAAA